CCAUUUCUACCACAGUAGAAAGUUUUUGUCUAAGCCAUUUCCUCUCCAAAGAUCACAACCCGACUCAGUGGUGACCCGGUGGCUUACGACUACAUUGAUUCUUUAUUACUUUUAUCCUUUUUUUCAGUGGAGAAAUUCGUAAAAAGCGAAGAAUCCGAUAAAAACCAGCUGAAGUCAUACAAAUCUAGGGUUUUUAUAAGGUGAUCGGGCUUGGAAGAUGGCGAGUCCGUUCACGCAGGGAAGUAGUAGGGCGUUGUCGAUCACUCCUGGAUCUAGGGCUUUGAAGAGUCCUCUUGGUGACGAAACGAUCUGGAAGCGGCUCAAGGAAGCUGGAUUCGAUGAAGAAUCCAUCAAGAAGAGAGAUAAAGCUGCUCUAAUUGCGUAUAUUGCGAAUCUUGAAGCAGAGCUCUCUGACCACCAACACCACAUGGGCCUUCUUACAUUGGAAGGAAAGGAGUUAGCUUCCAAGUAUGAACAAAUUAAAGCCUCUGCUGAAGCAAGUGAGCUAAGGCAUAAGCGGGAUCAUGCUGCACAUAUAUCUGCUCUUGCAGAAGCAAAAAAGCGUGAGGAUGGUUUGAAGAAAGCUUUAGGAGUUGAGAAAGAAUGCCUAGCUAGUAUUGAGAAGGCUUUACAUGAGAUGCGUGCAGAGUCUGCUGAAACUAAGGUUGCAGCUGAAAGUAGAUUAGCUGAAGCACGCAUUAUGAUUGAGGAUGCUGAGAAAAAAAUUGCAGAGGCUGAGGCAAAGUUUCAUGUCGCAAAGUCUUUACAGGCAGAAGCUACCCUCAUCCAACGCGAUGCUAAGCGAAAGCUCCAAGAAGUUGAAGCACGUGAAGAUGGCCUUUGUAGACGUAUUGUAUUGUUCAAAAACGAUUCUGAUGCAAAAGAUAGAGAGAUCACCCGUGAACGACAAUUGCUGAGUGAGAGGCAGAAGAUUGUACAGCAAGAACAUGAAAGACUGCUUGAUGGAAAAGCUUCCCUGAAUCAAAGAGAGGAGUAUAUUUUCAGUAGAACUCAAGAACUAAAUCAACUUGAAAAGGAGUUGCAGGCUUCAAAAGCUGAUAUUGAAAAGGAACGAAGAGCUUUGAAAGAUGAGAAAUCCAACUUUGAGUUGACUUUAGUUUCUCUGUCAAAAAGAGAGGAGGCCAUUAUUGAGCAAGAAGCUUUGCUUAGCAAGAAAGAGAAAGAUCUGCUUGUUUCUCAAGAGAAACUUGCAAGCAAGGACUUUGAUGAAUUUCGCAAGGCUAUUGCCAGUCAUGAAAAUGCAUUGAGAACCAGAAACUCCGAGUUUGAGGCUGAGCUUCAGCUCAGGCGCAAAUUGGUGGAAGAUGAGAUAGAAAUGAAGAGACGGGCAAUGGAGUUAAAGGAGAUGGAUAUUAAUCAUAAGGAGGAUCAAAUUUUUGAAAGAGAACAUGAUCUUGAUGUUCGAUUGAGGAUAUUAGCAGAGAAGGAGAAGGAAGUGGAUGAGAAGUCAAAUCUCGUGGAUGUGAGAACUAAAGCCCUGAGAAGUGAGACGCAUGAAUUAUCGUCUUUAGAAUUAAAACUGAAGGAAGAACUUGAUAUGGUUAGGGCUCAAAAAUUGGAGCUGAUGGCUGACGUUGAUAGGUUGGAAGUAGAAAAGGCAAAAUUUGAAACUGAGUGGGAGUCGAUUGAUGAAAAGCGAGAAGAGUUGCAGAAGGAAGCAGCACGUGUUUGUGAGGAGAGAGAAGCAAUUUCAAAGUUUCUCAAGGACGAGCGUGAUAAAUUGAGAAAUGAGCGUGAUAUGAUGCGAGAGCAGCAUUAUAAGGAUGUAGAAUCAUUGAAUCGUGAGAGAGAGGACUUCAUGAAAAAGAUGGCAUCUGAGCAUUCUGAUUGGUUCCAGAAGAUUCAACAAGAGCGUGCUGAUUUCUUGUUAGGAAUUGAAAUGCAAAAGAGGGAGCUGGAAAAUUGUAUUGAGAAAAGGCAUGAAGAAUUGGAAAGUUCUUUCAAGGAAAGAGAGGAAGCAUUUGAGCGAGAAAAGAAAAAUCAACUUGAUCAUAUUAAUGCUCUAAAGGAAAAUGUGGAGAAAGAGUUGGAACUAGCUACUCUAGAAAUAAGAAGGCUUGAUGCUGAGCGGUUGGAAAUCAAGUUGGAUCGUGAGCGAAGGGAACAUGAAUGGGCUGACUUGAACAAAUCUGUUGAGGAGCUUAAGGUGCAAAGACACAAAUUGAAGCAACAGAGGGAAUUAUUGCAUGAAGAUAGAAAAGAGAUACAUGUUGAGAUUGAAGAGCUAAAAAAGUUGGGGGACUUGAAAGCUGCUUUGGAUAACAUGAAAGUGGCUCAAAUGCAGCGGUCUAUUCUUGAGCUUAGCCAGCAUAAAGCAUCUGAAAGAAGGAAUCUGAAGCAGCAAGCUGUCGUGCAAAAUGGUGAACCUGGUUCAGAUAAAAAUAAGGCUGUUGCUCUGAAUGGCAAUGGACUCAGCUCUCUGAUUUCAAAACCAGAUAAUACUCCUAGCUCAGCCCAUCUCUCUUGGAUCAAGCGCUGCAGUGAAUUGAUAUUCAAACACACUCCUGCCAAGGCCCAAAUUAAGCCUGAAGAAAGAUCUUCGAUAUCUGACCAUGAAGAUUCAUGUUUGACGUCAUCUGGAAGGAAAAGGAGAGUCGACAGCAUAUCUUCGAAGGACACUAAAAAUAGUAGGCAAAAGAAAGAGGCUUCUGUAAUUGCAGAGGAUAUUACUCUCUGUGUAAAUUCCAUUGAACCAAAUACGGUGCUGGAUCAGCAAGCGUUGAUGUCAUACAACCAAAAUCAAGGAGUUGAUGAGACCAAUGCGUUGAUUGGUGAUAUAGUAGCUGAUAUUUCUGAAGUAAUCCAUGUAAAAGAAACUGUAGAUGAUUUUUCCAAUCAAGGAAAUAUUCUUGGAAAUGCUACAGGAGAUGAUGGUAAACCUGGAGAGCCCUUGGUGAUGCAAAAAGUACAUAUGGGGAAUGCUUCUCAUGUUACCAAGCUGCUCUCUCAGCCAAUGGAAGGCAAGUCAGAAAAAGAUGAACAGAAUGUUGAAGAUGAUGUUGCUGCCGAACCAGAUGAGGAUGAGAAAACCGAAUUGAGGGCAGGGCUGAAGCAGUUGUUAUAGCAAUAUAAUUUCCUUUUCAUCUGCUAAAGUCGAUUGAUGUUUUAACUAUUUUGCACAAAGAAGAGCAGAAGUGGCUAGUAUAUACUCGAGAAGGAUAAAUUUGCAAUCAGCAAAGUAUUUUAACUAACUUGGAUCGUGUUAAAUAAAAAAAACUUGUAAAUGCUUGUUCAUCCUCUUUUUUCUUUUGGCGUUGGUUUUUGUUUAGUAGAUGGUUUUGUGAUAUUUUACUGGUUUGUGUAGAGUGGUGGUGGUGGUGGUGUGAUAGGUUUUGGUUGAGAGAGAGUUGUGAUGGUUUGAUGGAUGAUACGAAUGACAAAAUCUAUAAGAUUUUGAGGGAAGUUUGGUGUGGUGUUUGAGAUUUGUUGGGAUGUAUUGAUGCUUUUUUUACUCCAUCGUACACCUGAAUCUAAUGGGGCUUGUUUUAGUCGA